ACAAACAUGCAUAACUACUAACGUAGCAAAUUAAACUUAUCAAAAUGAACUUCUUUAAAGAAACUCCCACGAUUCUCUUUAUUUUAAUUGCUCUCAAUUUCAUUUCAGCUCAUGCAGCCAAUUUUGCUAUCACAAACAACUGCCCUUACACCGUCUGGGCAGCCGCUGUGCCUGGCGGUGGCCGACAACUUGACUCUCAACAAACCUGGUCCCUCGAUGUCAAUCCUGGUACACAAGGAGCUCGCAUAUGGGCUCGAACCAACUGCGGUUUUGACGGAGCCGGCAGAGGCCAAUGCCAAACCGGUGAUUGCGGCGGUCUACUUGAAUGCCAAGCCUACGGUCAACCGCCAAAUACAUUAGCCGAAUAUGCUCUAAACCAAUUCAAUGAUAUGGAUUUCUUCGACAUAUCUCUUGUUGAUGGAUUUAACGUCCCGAUGGACUUUAGUCCAACAUCUGGUGGUUGUAGCCGAGGGAUUAGAUGUAGUGCUGAUAUAAAUGGACAGUGUCCUGAUGUGUUAAGGGCACCUGGAGGGUGCAAUAACCCUUGUACUGUGUUUAAAACCGACGAGUAUUGUUGCAACAGUGGGAGCUGUGGACCUACAGAUUAUUCAAGGUUUUUCAAGGAUAGAUGUGGAGAUGCUUAUAGUUAUCCCAAAGAUGAUCAGACAAGCACCUUUACUUGUCCUGGAGGUACUAAUUAUAAGGUUGUCUUCUGCCCUUGAACACUAUAAUUAAGGAGCUGCAUGUUAACAAAGUCAUCUUCUGCCCUUCAGGUGUUAAGGAUGUCAAAAAUAUAUAAUAUAUGGUGUAAUAAGUGCAUCACUUGGAUGCGAGCGUUAUAAAGGGAGAAUUAUUUUCUUUCUGUUUUAUUUACAGUGUUUUAAACGUUUUAUCUUUUGAAUGUAUUGGGUGAUAUUAAUAUAUGAAAUAUU